AUGCAGUCGCUGGAACAGGCACAAUUGGGUCAACUGGACCCGGCGCUGAAGACACAUCACGGCUCAUUAGAUCGACUGUUGCAGCAGCAGCAAGAGCAAAUUGCUGCGCCGCAACACCAACAACUACAACAACGACCUAGCGCCACAGCCGUGCACUCGAUAGGCGGUGUCAUUGAUGGUGGCGGCUCUGGUGCGCUGCUCGGCUCAGCCGAUUCGGAUGGUGACGGUGACGAUGAGAAGGAGCCAGAGUUGCCGCCACGUCCACCGUCGCGCAUAAAAUCGCAAACACAUGUGCGUCACAUAAAAGAGGAAUUCGAUCGCGGCGUUGAAGUUGAGAAGUUCUAUCAUCAAAUCAAUGGCGACAUAUUUGAGAUCACGCGUCGUGUGCGCGCACGUGAUGAAGACACCAUCGAACAGAAAGUGAUCAAGCGCAAAGGUUCAGUGCGCUUGCCGCCAGAGCCACCACCACGACAGGCGUCGGCUGCGGCGUCAGCAACUGCAGCACAUCCGCAGGUCUACCGCGCGCAUGGUCAUGGUCACGUGCAUCAGCACCAUGUGCACCGUCAUGUGGUGGAGAGCGGCAAACCGCAGUUACCACCGCGCCGCCAAAAGAGUGCUGAAGAGGUGCCCGUCACCAAGAGUACGACGCGCGCACCAGAGGAAUUGGAAUGGUUCGAUCGCAAAGCGCAACAAAGACACUCAGCGCGUUCAGCUGAAAGUGGCGCGGUGCGCGAGGAAACCAUCGAAUGGUUAGCGCGCCAAAGAGGGCCGGUGCGCACCUCCUCCGGUCCCAGUGAGAUCACUGUGAUGAAGGAUGAGGUGCCCGAUUGGCUCUUAGAGCAUUUGCCACGCAAACGUUCCAUGGCCGAACGGCCAACUGAAUCGAAGACGAGCGCUGCUUCCUAUGCCAAGGCGCUUAAGGAGGAGCUGGCGGAGUUGUUGAAGAAGCCACUAUCUAGACAGAGUUCAGCACAACAUAGCGAGUUUUCGUUACUCAAAACCGACAUUGUUGAAUGGCUAACGAAAUUGCAGACGUCGUCACGCAGUUCGGCGCGCGAGGAAGCGCCACCGCCGAAAACACGUCGCGCGCAUCAUCGACGCAACGGCAGCGGUGAUACGCAACGUUCGCAUUCGCAAGAGGAUGCCACUGUCGCACAACAGGCGGCGCGCAAGCGGCACUCGCUGGGUCACAGUGAUCGCAGCGAGGAAGAGAUGCUCGAUUGGAUUGCGUAUCCGCUGAAUAGGCUGCAAUCGUUAGGCAAGCCACCGCAGUUGCAACAAGUACAGACGUUGGACCGGCGCCAACCAUUCGUCGAGUUGCAUCACAAACCGGCAAUACCGCCGCUACACUCACAACUACACCAACAACCGCCUAUAUGUGCAGAACGCGAGCGGCGAUCACAUGAACGUUCGCGCGAACGCAAGCUGCGACAUUCGGCGAGUGAAGUUGUCACGGCGCCCACCACCUCUGCCGCAGCACAAAGCCAAUUGGAGCGUUUGUACGCCAAACCGCACAAGGAACGUUAUCAAUAUGUGCCUAAGGAUGCCAAGGAUAUGAUAGGAUUGCCUCCCAAGGAGAGCGCUAUGACCACUGCCGCCACCACCAGCUCAACAGUACGCGAAUCGAAGCGUGAACGUUCGCGCCGCCAUCAGACACAACGUUCGGCCACCGUCUCGGACAUGUCCGGUCAUCACAACGGCGGCCUGAAACGCAAAUCUUCAUCUGCCGAACGUGCGCCACGUUCGCCAUCGCCUUGCAAUGAUCCCGCCUGUCGUUUGCUCCCCAUUUGCACUGAUCCCCACUGCCGUUUCCUCGAAUGUCAGACCAUAGAACGCGGCGCCGGUAUGACAGUGACCACGUCGGCGUCAACGAUGAACCUCGCACGUCAUCAACAAGUGGCGCGCGCACAAAUGCACACAGUGCCUGCACACAUAACGUCGGAUGACACACCAACGCCGCCACCACCACCGCCUCCUACGACACAACAACAGCUGCAACAAUUCCAAGCGGCACCACAGCGACGCCUGGUCAUUUGUCAUGAGUGUCGCUCGUGUGCGCCGUUACUCACCUGCCAGAAUCGUAAAUGCUUCAAUGCCGCCAAGUGCAACUCACUGCCCCGCAGCGCAGCGGAUUUCAAUCGACUGCGCACCACACUCGCUCAGCCGCCGACAACACUCGACGACAUCGAACCGGCGCCGGAGACGCCAUCACCGCAAAUGCCACGCCAUCCCGGCAUGCAAUAUCGCAGCAACUCUCAACCGAAUACGCUGCAACGUGGCGACUCAGCGGCUGCCUUAUGGCAACAGGACUCUAUGGGCGCGGUGGGGAGCGGUCCUAUGUUGACUAGCGGUAUAGCAACGCAUACCUUUGUCACGAGCUCUCAACCACCGCUGCCACCUUCAUCGCUACACAUCACGUCAGCGGCCAAUGGACGUCACUACUAUAACGGUCGCAACGGUAACGGUAUAUCACAUCUGAACGGCACAAACGGCAAGCUUAUGAAGUCCGCAUCGGCGGCAUCGUUGAAUUCGCGUCGUCGUCGUCACAAAACGGUGCAUUUCGGUGAGAAUUUACUACGCGAAGUUUGUCAAAAUCGUAAACUAAUCAAAACUGAACAAGUUCCGUCCGGUUCGGCGCCGAUGAAGGCCAACAUCCAGAUGCUGUACAAUUUCGUGGAGGGCGUGUUGAGCGCGUGGGUCGACGACGACGAGGAGCAGGUGCGUUCCGGUGCCGAAUCCGAGCCCGAACAGGGUACGAUGGCACUGAAACCGAUUUACCGUUGUAAUCGACUGCGCUACCAGUGCAUCAAACGUAUCGUCGAGGAGGCGGCAGAGUUGCAUGGCACUCUGAAGUUGGGGAAUUCACGUUACCGGCACAGACAUUGGCGCAGCACCGCCAAGCAAUGCAACGAAAUGUUUCUGCGAAAGAUAUCUGAUGAUGAUCGAAUGAGCUUAACUACAGCCGUAUCUGAUGAAGAUGAUGGCGAAAGUGUCAUGGCGUCACCAUAUAAAGCAAAGGCAACUGGAACUGCUGCUUCCUCAUUCAAUUGUACUGGCGCUGUACGCAAAGCUGGUUUCUUAUCGGUGAAAAAAUGGCUUUUACGCAAAAAGCAUCAAAUCGAAUUGGCACGCAAACGUGGCUGGAAAGGCUAUUGGGUAUGCCUCAAAGGCACCACACUACUCUUCUAUCCAUGCGAUUCACGUGAGGGACGUAGCGUCGAAGCGGCACCAAAGCAUUUAAUUAUUGUUGAUGGUGCGAUUAUGCAACCAAUACCGGAGCAUCCCAAACGUGAUUAUAUAUUCUGUUUGAGUACAGCAUUCGGUGAUGCGUAUCUAUUCCAGGCGCCAUGUCAGGUUGAAUUAGAAAACUGGGUUAACAGUAUUCACAGCGCCUGUGCUGCGGCAUUUGCCAGACACCGUGGCAAAACUGGAACUUUACAUUUACUACAAGAAGAGAUUUUCCGCUUGGAGAAAGCCAUCGAAUCGGAUCACAAGCUGAAGCACAUGGCUGAGCUGCAGCAAUCCGUUGUUACCGACCAGGAUACGCGCCAUCAAAUACAAACACAAAUCCUACAAUGGGAAGAGAAUCUGGAGCGUUUACAUUGCGAACAGUUUCGCUUGCGUUGCUACAUGGCGUCAUUGCAGAGUGGCGAAUUGCCAAAUCCAAAAUCCUUGCUCACACACGUCUCACGGCCAACUAAGAACACUUUGAAUAAAUUGGGCGUCUUUACUGUAUCCUCAUUUCAUGCAUUCAUAUGUGCUCGUUCGCCAUCAUUGCUGAAUAAUUUAUUGGCCGGACGUGGCGCUACCAAACGUCGACCACCGAUGCUCUCGCGUUCGAAUAGCGGUUCCAGUCGACGUUCAAUGCAGAUGAAUUCACGUGACGAACCGGAAAAAACCUUCAAAGUUGCCAUGCCUGAUAAUGCUUACGCCACGGUUUAUCUACGUGACGCCAUGUCGGUGGAGGAGUUUUUGGCCAGCGCCUGUGCUCGUCGCAAUCUCAAUCCGAUGGAGCAUUUUGUACGUGUGAAGAAGCGACGUGACAUGGAGGAUCACAACUACUUUGUGCCACAUCGCAAUGAUUUGAUUGAAAAUUACUUGCAUAAUCACGAAUUCGUCGAGGUCUGCAUGAAGAUACUCUAUCAAGUGGAAUUACAUCGCACCACACUCGAACAAAUGUGGGGCUUCUCUGUCGAGGCGGAACUGAUCGAGAAUGCCGAACGGCAAGAUGAACUCUGCUGCUAUGUGAGCCGUGUGGAGGACAAGAGUGUGGCCAUGCAAAACGGUAUUAUCAAGGGAGACGAAAUAAUGGUGAUCAACGCUGCAAUUGUAUCCGACUUGGAUAUGAUGUAUUUGGAGAGUGUACUGCAAGAGGAGCAAUCACUAUGCAUGAUGAUGCGCUCAUCACGCACUGAGCCACCAGAUCUAGUUGGCAUUAUGCGCGUCACUGAUGACAUGAUUGAUUCAUUGGUUUGUCCACCGCCACCAUCGGAUCCGCCCGUAAUGAGCGAGGAGAUGAUAUCCGGUUUAAUCGUGCCGGCGCCUGGUUGGAAUGGCACCGGUAAAGAUUUAUAUUCACCUGAGGCCGAAAGCUCACCGGCACCAUCAUCCGUUGAACCGACACCAGCACAAAUGGUCGCAGCCGCCACCGUCAAGCCGACCUCACGUACAAGCAGUUUCGAAAUUGAGAAUCUUCUCAAGACCGCAGAGCAGGUUACCGGAUUUUGUCGUUCACCUCAGGAAACCCGUAAAUCCAGCCCGACUGGUUCUGUCACCUCGUCAGUCUCGAAUGCCGCACUGACACCGUCACGUCAGCUCACCGACGCCGAGAAAUUGCGCAAGGUCAUAUUGGAGUUGGUCGACACGGAACGUACUUAUGUUAAGCACUUAAACAAUCUAUUGGAACACUAUUUGGAACCAAUGAAACGCGAAACAUUCCUAUCGAAUGCCGAAAUCAAUGCACUCUUUGGUAACAUACACGAAAUCGUCACGUUCCAAAGGCAAUUUUUGCAAAAUCUCGAAGAAGCGUUGGAAUUGGAACCAGACUUCCAUAAGUUCGAGCAUUCGAGUCAGUUCCGGAACGUGCUCUUCGCGAUCGGUUCGGCCUUCUUGUACUACGUCAACCAUUUCAAGCUCUACUCAUCAUUUUGUGCUAGUCACAGCAAGGCACAGAAGGUUUUGCAUCCAAAUGAAGGUAAUCAUGCACUACAGGAAUUCCUUGCCGCACGCAAUCCGAAGCAACAGCACAGCAGCACAUUGGAAUCGUACUUAAUCAAGCCGAUACAGCGCAUACUCAAGUAUCCGCUGCUGCUGCAACAGUUGCGCAAUUUAACCGAUACGCGAGCCGAUGAACACUUGCACUUGUGCGAGGCACUCAAGGGCAUGGAAAAGGUAGCCGAGCAUAUCAAUGAAAUGCAACGAAUCCACGAGGAAUAUGGUGCUAUAUUCGAUCAUUUAUUCCGACAACAUCAGAAGUCAUGCAAGCAGCCCAUCGAUUUGAGUCCAGAUCAUUCGUUCCUCGAUACAGGUGAUCUGCUUUAUUAUGGCGGCGUUGAGUGGCUUAAUAUUUCUGAUUUUCUGGGUAAAAUUAAGAAGGGUCUGGAAUUGCACGCAAUGUGCUUUGUUUUUAAAUCAGCGGUUGUGUUCCUUUGCAAAGAACGUUUGCGUCAAAAGAAGAAACUUAUGGGUGUUUCGAGUAAAAACGCACCCAACGAAGUGGAAAUCAUACGCUAUCAAGUGCUCAUACCCGUCACCGAGGUACAGGUGCGCGCCUCUUCAGCCAAAGAUAUGGACUCACACUUCCUAUGGGAAUUGAUACAUUUACGCUCGCAACUACAACGCCGCUCCGAGAAGGUUUACGUACUCUCGAAUAGCACGGCCGAUUUUCGUAAUGCAUUCCUGAAGACCAUACGACAAAUCAUACGCGAAAGCGUACGCAACAUGUCCAUACCGAUGAAGGGUUUCGGCAGCAGUGGCUCAGUAUCGGGCAUUUCAUCGCAAGGUGGCGGUUCGGGCAGUUCGCAAACGCUUGAGCGGCCAAAGCAACAGAUAACAAUCAUACAAGGCUCACAGACAUUGGGUAAACCCAAGAAGAAGUCCGGUUCGCAGCGUCAUUCGGCCGGCAAUAUCGAUUAUGAUAAUCUAUCGGGCAGCCAAGAGGCCGACGAUGUGCCCAUGUUGCAUCAUCAGCAUCAACAGCAACAACUACAACCGACUGGUUUCCGUGGACGCAGCAAGACUGUGGGCGAUGCUACAGAACUAAUGUCCUCCUCCAUAGACCCACAGCAGCAGCAUCAGCAUCAACAGCAACAGCAACAACAUCAAAAGCAUAUGCAACAUCAUCAACAACAACAACAAAUGCAUCAUCAUCAUCAGCAAAUGCAUCAGAGCGAUAUUGAACGCAUGGAUCCGGGUACUAAAUCGGAAGGUGAAGAGGACUCCCAGCAGGGUACAAUAAAAGCGAAAGCAACGCUGGGUCGUACACCCAAUCACUUGACAUUGAGCACCACAUCAACCCUAUCGGUUGGCAGCACUGGUAGUCAAGCGCGUUUGAUACAAUCAUCUCAUCCGCCAUCGAGCUAUCAGCCCGUACUCAUGAAAGAUUUAGGGUCCCCGGUGUGGAAACCACGAGACAUGAUUAAUUUAGGCGAUGCACAGUCGACAACGCGCAAAGACGAUGCGAACAAAUAAAGCAAGACAAGAAAGAACAAAUGAACAAAAUUGAACAAGAAAAAUUGCAAUUUCAAUUUCGAAACACAAAACGUAACGCAAAUAUGCAAAAAAUACCAAUACAUAUAAACCAAACUAGAAAAAACCAUAAAAGCCCAAAAACAGAAAACGAAUGUGAACCUAAUUAAUUAAUUAGAACAAAGCCGAAAUCUGAUUAGAAGUUUGAAAACACAAAGAUUGUAACGCAUAGAUUAGCACAAGCGAUAUCUCUACUACAUAUUGUACUAGGUACUGACUCGAAACAUAUUGUAAUUUGCUGAAAGCGAGACGAAAAUGUGGACAAAAAGCGUGGAAAAUCUAAAUUUUGAAAAUUUAGACAUAUUUUGAAAGUUUAUGAAAAUGCUAGGAAUUUUAAAAAUAUUUAAAGAACACAUUUAUAAUUUAAAAUGUUUCAAAAAAAAAAUUUUUUGAAAAAAUGUGUUUUUGAAAAUUUUAAAGCGAUUUGAAUUCAAAAAAAAAAAUUAGUAAAUUAUUAAACAACCGUAAAUUUCAGUAACAUUUGAAGACAGUCAAACUUCAAACUAUACAAAAUAUGAAAAUUUUUUUGAAAUCUGAAUAUAGGGAAAUAACCUAUUUUCGAAUUUUUGGAAAUUUGAAUAUAGAAAAAGGGAAUAUUUAAAUUUCCAACAACAUAGUAUUUUUAAUAUUCCAAAUAUGUAAUCAACAAAAAAUUUUCUAAUAAUAUUUAUUAAGAAAAAUCUAAAUUUUUUUCUUACUUUAGAAAAAUUUCGAAGAUUUGUAAAAAAAAUAUUGAAAAUCGCUAAAUGUUCGAAAGUUAAAUUUGAAGCCCUUUUCUCCCUGCUAAACACUCAAUAAUAGAGAAAAAUAUAAAAUCUGAUCAAUUUUUAUUUCGAAUCUUAAAUUUUGAACUUGUUAUAACCUAAGAUUUUCAAAAAUUCGAAGUUUCUAAGAAAAUUCUGUGUUCUGGUGGCCUUUGCACACUGGAAACAUAAGCUCCAAGUAGAUCCUUGUAUUCACAUUUAUAUUCAAUUAAUUAGUGGCAGAGAUGUUAUCACAAGAUAUUUAAAAAAUAUAAUAAAUAUAAAUUUUUUUUUUUAAUUUUUGAAAAUUUUCGAAGAUUUGGAAAAAAAUAUUGAAAAUCGCUAAAUGUUCGAAAAUUAAAUUUGAAGCCGUUUUCUCCCUGCUAAAUACUCACUUAAUAAUAGAAAAAAUUAUAAAAUCCGAUCACUUUUAAUUUCGAAUCUUAAAUUUCGAACUUGUUAUAACCUAACAUUUUCAAAAAUUCAAAGUUUCUCAGAAAAUUAUGUCCACCAGAACACUGGAAAACUAAGCUCUAAGUAGAUCUUUGUAUUCACAUUCAUAUUCAAUUAAUUAGUGGCAGAGAUGUUAUCACAAGAUAUUUAAAAAAUAUAUUUUUUAAAUUACUUAUUUUAACACGGUGUUCAGAAGUUCACCAAAUGAAGAGAAAUGGUCUUCAAAUCCUUCAUAAAUAUUCAAUACGUGAGCAUUUCACAAUUCGAUUUCACUUUGUAUCAUAACCUCAAAAUCUACGAACGUAAAUUAAUUGAAAAGGACAUAAGUAGAGAUUUUCGAAAAUGAACAGCAAAUUUAAAACAAAUAUUAAGAUGAUUGUAAAUUAAUUCUAUGAAAUAUGUGAAUGCUGAAACUGUUUUUAUGCAAAAAAGUACAUUUUUAAAUUGUUAAGAAGAAGACAUGUCUUCUAAUACAGUGAUUUCCGGACUUCACUAACCAAAUAUCAAUUGUCUACAUAUUCGUCUCGGCAGCAAGAACACUUUGCAUUAAAUUUUGUCAGCAGAAAAGCAUUAAAUGACAAAAGGUAAACGGUGUUAACUGUAAAAUGGCAUAAGUCAAAAGCAUACAAAUGAUUAAUGCAGCAGAAGGAAUGAAACAAGCUAGAAAAAAAAUUAUAAAAAACCGUUGAACACACAUAUUCACACAUACAAAUGUAUGUUAAGGAGAAAAUUCGAAGAAACUUCACCAAAAAUAGACACAAAUUGAAAGACCGAAAAAAUCAUAAAUUAAAAUUUAACAAAAAACUUAGAAAAUAUAUGCAAAUUCACAUGUUGUGAAAUUUUAGUACUUUAAGGCAAAACUAAAACCAAACUGAAAUCAUAAUUGCAUAAGUAAAACACUUAAGUUUAAAAUAAAUAUGAAAUUUACUAAUAAGAAAACUGAAAAAGGAAAACAAAACAGUUAAGACACGAAAACUAAAAUUAUAGUGCAGUAUAGCAGUGAGAUAUGCGAUUCUACAUGAUGCAUAUAUACCAUAUAAUUAAUAAAUAAAUAAGGAAAUCAGCAAAACAAAGCAGAAAAUUAAAAAAAAAAAAGAUUAGUGAAAUUUCGAAAAGGAAAACGUUUUUAAUUAAAUCAAAUUAAUUAAUAUGUAACUAACAAAUUUAAUUAAAAAUUACAAGGCAUAGACACUAUUAAAAAAAAUAUAAUUAAUAAAUUUACAAAACAAAAACAAGAAAACAAAGAAAGUAAUAAUGAAAGUAUAGCACGCGACAGAAAAUCACGCUUAACAAAUGUUUUCGAUAUUAAGUUUUAAACAAACACAAAAAAAAACAUUUAAAAUUAUUGAAAAUUAUUAAAAAAAAAAAAGUUCAACAUUUUUUUAUUAAAUGUUUAUACGAGCAUACGUUUCAUUUCAACUUAAUUAAAAAAUUCACCCACACACAAACACACACGCAAACCCUAAAAACUAUAAACUCACUGUGAGUAACAAUAAAUAACGGUAAAAAAUUUAAUGCUCACAGUUAUGCAAUUUCGAAUUCCAAAAUAACGAACACUUAAGAGCAUUCAUAACCUAAAAUGAAAUUAGAAAGACAGAAGAAAUGGACUUAUAGACACUAACACACACACAACCGUAGCAAGACAGAAGCAAUUGGUAAAAGAUUUCAAAUAAGAAAAGCAUAAAUAAAGAGCCUGAAACGCUGACAACCAACACACAAACAAAAGCAGUGAGUAGCAAAAUCUAAAAAAAAAAAUAAAAAAAAUAAUAAAUAAUUAAAAACUAAAACUAUUGACGUUUAACUGUUGAUGAAAAAGUAAGAAAAGCAAACGAAAACUAAGGAAAAUUCAAAUUCCACAACCUAAUGAACCCAAGUUUAAAAGAAAAAAAUCAAAAUAAACCCAAACACACACACCUAAAUACAACUAUAGGCACACCCAAAACUGUAAUUUCAAAGAAAUUAAAUUUGAAAAAAAAACAACAACAAACAAUAGCCAAUAAAUGCUGCAAAGUUGUGUGAACUAAAAAAAUAAAUAAAAUUAUAGCAAAAAGUAAAGAAUGAAAAAUGAAAUUAAACUAAAAUUCUAAGCAAAAACGAAUAAUUAGUAAAUUUAAAAGAACCAUAAAGAAUUGAAAAGCAAAGAAAUACAUAUGUAUUAUUAAUCGUCAACACUUGAAUUUAUUUGGUUUCAUUUUUUACAAAAUACAAAUCGAAAAGUAACGAAAUUUAACCAAAAAUAACAAUGCAAUUUGCAAUAUAAGUCUACAAGCUGUCUAAACUGAACAUACUCUACGAGCAUUCUCUGUUACAUCACACCAUAACGCGCAUUUUCUGUUCUACAUAUUCACAUACAUACUUGGAAAAUUUCAAUUUCACAAAUUUUAUGAGAAUUUCUAAUUUUUUUCAUGUUCUUCUGUGAGUUUUGUAGUUUUUUGUGGUAUGCUUUUAGGCGCAGGAAGUGACAUAAACAAGUUACAGUGUUGAAAAAAAAUAGAAGAAGUAAGCAGAGAAGAGCAAGAUGAUAAAGUGACGUUCUAUCUUCUAACUAUGAAGGCUUCUUUAACCUUUAACGGAAAUUAUAUGCUUAAUAAGCCUUUUUUGUACUAGGGUCAGGUACUAAUAUACUAAGGGUUCCUAAAGCAAUUUUUCUAAAAAUAGAUUUCUUGUUGCAAAGGAGCCGAGCCUUGGCAUCCCUACUUUAGAAAUCAUUUUGCAAUGAGCCUCGAAUAAGAUCGAAUUUUUUCAAAAUAUAAGUGCAAAGUCCAUCUAAAGAUUUUCAACUGCUCACUACACAUCCAAUACAACUCUGUGUACCAUAUUUUUUUAAUAUAAAAACACAUAAAUCUUCAAAUGAUUUUUUGUGACAAGUAAAAAUUUGAAACCAGUUAUGGCUCGAAUACGCUUAAUAUAAAGAGUGAUUCAUUUCGAGCUUCCCCACUUGAAAAAAACACAGAAAAUUCAAAUUUAUUAUGGAAAAAAGCUUAUCAUCAUUCGAAAGAAAAUUCUUUGGCAAUUAUUUUUUAAAGAUUAUCUCUUUAAAAUGUAGGCCAUGGCUACGUCUCAGAUGGUUCAUCCGUUGAGUCCAAUUUUCGAUGAUUCAUACGAGCAUGCCGACUGGUAACUGGCGAAUACCAUGCGUAAUGUUUUGCCUGGAUUGAAUGCGAACCAUAGACUUUAGACUUUAGUCUAACGGUGUGAUAUCACACCAUAUUGGUGACCAAUCGACAGGCCCACAACGUGAAAUUAUCUGCUCAUCGAAGUGUUCUUUCAAUAAAUCCAUUGAAUGAUACGAUGUGUGCCGUCUUGAUGAAACCAAAUGUCACCGAGAUCACGAGCUUCAAUUUCAGGCAUCAAAUAGUCGGUUAUCAUGGCGCGAUAACGAUCGCCAUUGACGGUUACGUUCUCACCGUCAUCAUUUUUGAAGUAAAAUGGACUGAUUCUACCGGCCCCAAACAGCUGGAUGAAAUUGCAGCUCGUGAAUCUCUUUACGUUGCUCUUCGUACCGAAUUCAGCAAUUCUGCUUGUUUACAUACCCAUUGAGCCCGAAAUGGGUCUCAUCACUGAACAGAAUUUAGCUCGAAAACGUCGGAUCUUAUUGUAACUUUUCAAGAGCCCAUAGAACGAAGCGCUAAAUGUCGCUUAGGAAGGUCAGUUCUUGUACAAGCUGUAUUUUGUACGCUCUCAAUUUAAGAUCCAAUAAUUAAUGCUGGGCCUCAAGAUGGGUCAUGGUGUGGCGAAUAGUACGUUCAGUAUGCCGAUUAUGUUGACCAUGAGUAAUAAAGUUGAACAAUUUGUAAACGUUGUUCAGACGUAAGACUUUCCAUCAUGAAAUGUUAAACAAUACUGAACAAAAAUAACAUGACAGCCUAUAUAUAAGACUAUUGAAAAAGAACCUCUACUUAGAUCAGCCUUUAUAUCGGUAGUCUAAAAUGAGCAAUUGAUAUCGAAUUUGGUUUUGUUAUAUGGAUGAUCCGAUGACGAUGUUUGGAUGAUAAAUGAUUCAGACUAUGGAUUUCCAUUUAUAGAGAGAGUCUCUUAAUUUAGUCAUAUAAUAAGUAAUCUAAUUAAGAGACUUUUUAAAUUAAGCGAGUGUCUUGAACUAAUUUGAUAGGCUUUUGAUAACCAAAGAGAUACUCAAUUAAAGCUUGAUGGCAUUAGUUAUUCGCAAAGCUAUUAGCUUCGCUCAAUUAGCCAAGAAGAGUACUAAUUAAGAGAUCAGAAGCGAAUUUUGAGAAACUGCUUCUGAGAACAAAAUCUGUGGAUUAUAUAACAAUGUUACAUCCAAAAACUGUCUGAAGCUACCACAAAACUAAACUCACAAUCUAAAGGAAGAACAUUCAUGCAAUUCUUAAAUUAUUUAUUAAUUACAACUGGAGAAAGAGAACACAUGACGAACAACAAAUAUUUAAACAACAACAAAACAACCAAACACACACACACGAGGAAAAAUACGAAAUAAAUUAAUGCAACUAAUUACUGUUAAAAACGUAGCAUUUUUAAGGUGAAUCCCAAAAAAAAAAAUAAAAAACAAAAACAAAAAAUAAAAUGAAACAAGCAAAUGACGAACAAUUAAGACUCGUUUUUAAAUAACGUUUAAAUACACGUUAGAGCAAAACUUAGAGAAAAUACCGUAAUUAUGUAUGUAUGGCAUAAAACAUACAUGAAAAAACAGUAAAUAACAGUAAAUAAUAAAAUUCAAUGAAAAUCUUAGCAAAACCGAAAGUAUUGACAGCAAGUGCGUUGGACCAGGAAGCAGUUGGCAUAGAAGAGGCAAUACAUUACAUUACAUACAGAACAAACAAAGUAGCAAAAUACAAUAACAAAAACAAAUACAAAUGAAUACUAAACAAUAAUAAAUCAAAUUAAAGCGAUUAACCGAUGCUAGUGCAAUUUCAAUACGAAACAACAUUACAAAAAAAAACAUGCAUACAUACAAACAAAUAAAAAAAUAAAAAAAUAAAUUAAAAUAAUUAAAUUAAAUUAAAUCAAAUAUAUAUAAAUAAAUAAAAAAGCGUACAUACAUGCCGUUAUAAACAAAAACAAAAACAAACAAAAAACCAGGCGUUGUAUGACUGCGUAAAUAUAGUGAAAUUGUUUUAAUGCUAAUUUUGUGUACAUCAUAUACAUCAAUACACACACAACAUACAGAGUUUAUGUGAAUUGAAUGCCUUCAGUUAUCGAAAUCAAAAGUUUAUCAACAAAUAUACAUACAUACAAUAAACAUAGUUACAUUUAUAAAAUAAAAUAAAUAAAAAUUAAUUAAUUAAAAGAUAACAAAAACAAAAACAAAAGCGAUUAAACCAAAGCGUAAUUUAUACAUUACUUAUAUACCUAAGUGCAUACAUACAAACAUACAUACAUACUAACAUACAAUAUCAUCACAACAUAGCCGAAGAACAAUAAAUUGUUGCGUAAUACAUACAUACAGACAAAAAAAUUGUUUUUUUUGUAGUCGAAUUUUUUAUUAAUUUUAACAAAUUUCAUUUGUUAUCGCUAAUCGUUAAGCGUUAAUCGAUAACACACGCUCAGCCGUACGAUAAAUGAGACAUACUCAAACAUAAUGAUUUAUAUAUACAUAAGUAUAUAUAUAUAUAUAUAUAUAUAUAUGUAUUUAAGCUUUAAGUAAAUGUUUAAUUAAUUUCUACAUUUAAGUACACACACACACACACACAUACAUAAACACACAAUUAAUGUAUUUUAAUGAAUUUAUUGAUUUUUAAAAAAAGUGCAAUUCACAAAUUGCAUUUCGUUUAUAUACAUAUUGAACUAUUAAACUAAAUGAUAAAUAAAUUAAAGCAAAUAAAUUGAA